AUGAACACUGCUGCACCGGCCCCACCGGUCUCCACUCAAUCGACUGCCUUCGGUCUCCGUCCCACCCACAACCUCUCGCCUGCUCGUUCCAACGGGUUCCCAUCGUUUAGCUCCUUCAACCAGCCCGUGAUCCAGCAGAAGUACGCACCGGCAGCGAGCUCGCCUCUCAAGCCCCGUCCUCAGAACCGCAACUCGGCGUUCGAGGAUGCCCCGUCGGACGGAGACGUCUUCAACGACCGCCUGUCAACUGGCGAGUGGGAAAUCGCUAGCCCGAACAAGGAUAUCAGGCACUCAAGGAGCUCCGAGUGGCUUAAGCGCAUCUCAAGGUCGACUGGCAACACAAACUCCACAGAGAGCGAUGAUGAGGACGAGAAGCUCCGGCUGCCUGCCGACCACCCCCGCAGCAACGGCGCGGGUGUGGUUCGUUCUCCAUCGGGGGCCGCAAAGGGCCUUGGCGCCAUUGUACCAUCGCCCAGCAACACGUCGCUGACCCCCCGCACGGAGGACUCGUACACGGCGCAGUUCCCUAACCCUCCCAAUAUGCCCUCUCAGCAAGCUGGACCCAACCCAAACUACAACACCGGGAACUCUGCCAAUGGGUACUCGCCUGCAGCUGUUCAGCAGAGAGCGUACACGGACGGUCAGAGAAACAGUGCCCCUCCUCCUCCGCGACCUCAACCGUGGCCCGCCCAGGCUUCCCCCGGUCAGCCCCAGCACGAAGUCGACCAGAAUCGCCUCUCCAAUCCUCUGGUGGAUCCAUUCGGAGUCCAGCACUCUAGAAACUCGGCGCUGCUCGCCGCCUCGACCGGUGGCAUGGUCAUGCUUCCCAGCACUGGAGGCAACUAUCUUCCUGGUAAAGGACCUGGCGAGGACGGAUCCAAGAAGAAGAGGAGGCCCCAGUCGUAUGUCCCUCCUCGAACCAGCCAGGCGUCAUCGUCGUCCAGUGGUUAUUUUCAGCCAGACUUCAGCCGUCCUGCCAGCCGCCCUUGGACCAACUCGCCAUCUCCCGUCGAACGCUCCACCUCGCCCACGACCAACAACUCGCGUGACGAACAAACCCCCAAACGGCGGACACACGCCCGCCGCCACUCGGAUGGCGACGUGCUUCUGUCACGACAGGGUACCCUCUUCCAUCCUGCGGCUGAUGAAGCGAGAUCUGCGCAGGAACUCGAGAUCAUGCUUGGCAAGCCCCGCUCGAGACGCCUGUCUGCCAACCGUCUCCUCCCCGCCCCAGAUGUUCCAUACGAGGACAAGGUCCGGCUCGAGGCCAGCAAGAAGAGCAAGGCUCGCGUCGAGCUUGACGUUGUUCUUGAGCGUGAGUGCGUGAUCGAAGGCGGCGAACUCCGAGGCCGUCUCGAGGUCGUUGUCCGCGGCGGUAAGCGCACCAAGGACCUACGCGUCGGUGCCGGCAAGAUUCGCGUGCUCGGCUUUGAAGAGAUGCCAGGACAUGGGGCCUCGACAUUGCGACACAUCUUCUACCAGCACCAGUACCAUCUGCCCGUCUUCCAAGAGACUGCCAACGGCCCACGAACCAGCUUGUUUGGCAGCGGUUCGGACGAGGAGGGCUUCCGCCUCGCCAACGAGGGCACUCACGCCAUCCCCUUCGCUGUUCCUCUCCCACUUGGUGGUGGUGCCAAGGGUUCGUACACGGCACCCGGUGGGAAGGGACCCGUCAUCCGCUACGUCGUUGUCGCCAGUGUCAAGCUCCACAUCCCGACCAAGAAUAAGCGCGCCAUCGCGCACUUCUAUCGACCGGUCGUCAUCCUUCCUUACCAUAACCCUGCUGUUGCUCUUGGACCACUGCGUUCUCCUCUUUUCGCGCAGACUGAUGGGACGCUUGGAUGGGCUCUUGGUGGUGAAAAGGGACGUGUGUCUCUUAUCGCUACCCUCGGUCGUCAGAUCUGGGUGGCAGGCCAGCGAGUAUGGGCCGAGAUCACUGUCCAGAAUGACAGCAACAAGAAGAUCACCAAGUACUCUGCAGCUGUGAUUCAAACCGUCGAAACGUGGACUACCGGUGGCAAGGGUGCCAAACCGACCAUCGCUACCGUUCGUAACAAGAUCUCCGAGGAAGUUGUCGAGGCAGACUUCAUGGACGUCGGAUCUGGUCACGUUACUGGCAAGGGUUGGUGGACCGGCUUGGAACCCGGAGAGUCGAACCGCUGGGACAUCAGCGUUCCUAUUCCCUCUGGAUACUUGUCUAUCCCACGCUCGAGGUUCAUUGAGGUGUCCUACGUGCUGAGAGUCACCAUCAACAACAACAUCUACGUCGAUGUCCCACUGGAGCUGAUCAACUUCCUGUCGGUCGACCCUCCUCCCAUGCCCAGCGAUGUGCGCCGUGCGAUGAACCGUCUUCCGGUGGCCACGACCCCACCACUGCCUGCGGGGGCCGCAGUUCCUAUUGCUGGACCUUCCCGCGACCUCCGCGGCCCAAACCAGGUGUACGGUGUUGAUGCCCUCGGAAUCUCGUACGUGCGCCAGCAUGUGCGCGACGACUCGGCAGGCAACAUGUCGGCUGCCAGAACCAGCUCGACAACCUUGCACCUUGACAACAUUGCUGGGCCAAUUGCCUCGGUCCAGCCCGGCUACACGGGCGCAGACCUGUCGCCCCGCCCUCAAUCACCUGGGUCGAUGUACUCCAACGAGCGGGGUGCUGCGUCGGCUGCUCACAGCAUGACUCGUGCCAAGCAGCUCACCGCUGAGCACCGAACGUUAUCCGAAAGCGGUCACAGUAUCGAUGACGAGGAGCGCAACCACGUCUUAGUGGAGGCCAACCGACGCGAAGGCCGACAGCAGAGCUUAGCGGCCUUGGAAGCUGAUAAUGAGGAAACAGAGUGGUUAAGCAACCGCAACUCGUCUUCCACUCAGGACGCCAACAGCUCGGGCUCCCACGAGCUCCGCCCCAAAUCGGCUGAGAGUGUCCACGAGGCCGAAGAAGGCGGACAGCACUCGGACGCUGAAGAGAGCGGCGAGAGAACUCCAGUGGUCACUCCAGCGCCACCCUUCCGCUCCAGCUUCCUCCCUCACAUCAGCGAGGCUGAGGAGGAGGACGACGACAUGCUGGAGGAGGUCAUGUCCUCCGUGAAUGGUGACAACCAACGCGGCAAGUUCUAUGACGACGACGAUCGCGACGAGCUCUCGAGUGACCUGGCUCCGGUCACUCCGACGUUGACCAGACAAAGCCCGUUCCUUCUCGACGUUCCCUCGCCGCGGUUGGGUCAAGAGGACCCUGCUCCACGUCGUAGUCUGGAGGAGCGACUGGCCUCUGCUGUUGGUCGACCUCUCCCCGCCUCACCUGUGACGUCGUCGUCGACCCACGGCGCCACUUUGGCAGCACCUGAGAAUGAAACAACGAGAGACCGUCCUAAGAGCGUCGACUACGCCGAACCCAUCUACAUUGGGGACCUGAGCCAGGAAUUUGAUCACGACCCGGGAUAUGACGCCGAUAUUGUGAGCGAGGGCCACUCCACCGUUGGCGGACUUCCGUCGCCCCGGGCAUUCGGUGGACGCCGAGAAGGUAUCAAGCAUUCGCUCUCACUGCCGCUUGCCUCCUCCACCAGGGACGGAAUGCCAGUGUUACCGUCGCCUGGGUCUGCCCGUGACAUUCACUGGGGCCCACAGUUCCGCUCUGUCUCCGGUGUGUCGGCUUCCAACCUGUGGGUUGACGUCGAGCCUCCUGUCAAGUCACCAAGCGCCAUGACGUUUGGUGCCCAGUCGCAGCCAAACUCUCAGCCUUCCAGUUGGUCUGGCCACUCGCCGAAUGCGCCGCACGAGGCGACAAUGGUACAGGGCCCGGAGGUGCCGGCGGCGGUGCCGGUUACGAGCCAACUCCACCGCGACCACGAACACCGCAACCUCGCGGCCAUGGCAACGGAGAUUCAGCGUGAUCAUGAGGUGCGCAAUCUGGCUGGCGCUGCCCAAGACGAUGACCAGGAUUACGGUUCAGAGGAGGAGCUUGCCCCGCCCAACCUCAGUGGCCUCCAACGCGUCUUCACUGGCAGCUCUGAUGACAAUUCCCCCUCUGUUCAGAGCUUCUUCACUGCCAACAGUGGUGAGGUGGAUGCGCGUGACGAGGACGAGGCCAUGCCUCCCUUGGCCCCUGCUUCCGAGAGCGCCAGCUCGGAGGACCACGCCACAAUCGAGUCACCGACCAUUCCAUCGGCCCCGACCUACAACCCAACGCCUCCCGUGUACACCCUCCCUCUGCCUCCUCCUCCCGAUGGAGCCAAGCGGUCGUCGAUGACUGUUCCUGAUCGUUUCCGCCCGGCGCCGCCUCCUGCCCCGUUAAGCGAAGACUCUCACGACUCGCACUACGCGCCUUCCAUGGCCUCGACGGCUCAUGGCAGUGAGGUGCUCCCGAAUGUCAAGAACAAGAUUGCUGCGCUCGAGUCGCGUGAGGAUGCGCUUCGCAAGUUUACUGUGGCGUCCAGUAUUGGUCUCGAGCCUCCUACACCGCCCGCUGCGUCAUCCCAGGCGCCUGGGUCGAAGCGUCGUUCUUACACCGCUGCUCUUGGUUCGCCGCGCUCCGGUGCACUGUCGUCUCGAUCUCCCGGACCGCGCGCGCCGCGUUCCCCGCAGUUUGGUCUCGACGAGCUCAGUGAUGCGAGCACGAGUGCAUACGUGGCGCGUCAUGUAUACGCCGAGUCAAUCGACAUGGGUGCCUUGUCUACUCCGACGACACCCACUGGCCCAAAGUGGCAGCACCGUGCCGCGCCGUCCUGGGACAACAGCACGAGUGAGGACCUGUCCUCUUCCGCGUCCAAGCUGCUCUCCCGUGCCCUCAGCUCGAGCAGCUCGAGGACGAACAGCACGACCGCUACGGACGUUGAGCUUGCGCUCUCAUCGCCGGCCCGCUCGCCCGUGAUUGGCCCCCGUGGUCCGCGUCAGCCGGGCUGGACCAAGACGGGUGUCGCAUCUACCGCUCUUGCGGCCCUCGCUGCCGAGUCGUAUGGGUCUGACGCCAAGGCUCCCGAGCCGAGCUUCAGUAUUCCCCGCCCGUCGUACAGCCCUUCGCCGGGCCAGACCCCGACCAAGGCCCCUUCGCCCCUGCCGUUAAUCAACAGCGAGUCCGCCUCCCUCGAGAGUGUCUCGAUGAUGAGCCACGGUCUUCACCCUGCCGAACGGCAGCCACUCAGUGUCCAGAGCACGGGCUCGAGUGGCUUCGGCAGCACUGGCUGGACUGGCGGGUCGAUGAGGCUUCCCCCUGUUGGCGGUCGUGCUCCCAACUACAAGUGA